AUGGGUUACAGGGCCUUAGAGCUUGUAAUUCAGUCAGCCCAGGGAUUGAGGAACGUACAUAAUGCACCUCAACUCAGAAAAAUGAAUCCUUUCGCCCUUGUUUCCAUUCGCGACAACAACAAUAACCUCCAUUCCUCUGAGGAACAAACACAAAUUGACUCAGAAGGUAAUACAAACCCCAAAUGGAACUUCCACGUUACCUUCAACAUCGACAUCACGAAGGUCAAGGAGAACCACCUUGCUCUGGUUGUUAAGAUCAAGUCACGUCGAAUAACUGGUAACAGAGAUGUCGGUGAAGUCCGUGUGCUGAUCACUGAACUGGAAGGUUUUGGUGAUGCGAACGCAGUAGCUGAAAGACAUGUGAGCAAAAAUGUGGUGAACUUGGAUGGGACGUCCCAGCAAGGAGGAGGAACACUAAAUUUUUCUUAUAAGUUUGGAAAUACUGUCCAGCACCCACCUGCUUCAACGGUGAAUAUUAGGAACUCUGCGACACCGAAUGUGCAGCGGAGGCCUGGUACUGCUAGACGCUUGGUGGGUAAGUUUAAAGAUGAAUUAGGCGCGGGACUGGCGAGUGUGGCUGCCACGGCAGCGAUAGGUGCGGUUUUCACUGGUUUUAACCCAAUCGGUGUUGACCCGCCCGGUGCUGAGUCUUCUGUUGCUGACCCAUCCGGUGUUGACCCACCCAAUGCUGACCCGCCCGGUGCUGACUCUUCUGCUGCUGACCCAUCCGGUGUUGACCCGUCCGCUGCCGAGUCUUCUGCUGCUGAUCCAUCCGGUGUUGACCCGUCCGAUGCUGUCUCCUCUGCUGAUUACACGUAUGAUGAUGUUGAUGAUGAUGUUGAUGCUAAUGACGAAGAAGCCUACUGA